CUUUCGAUGGGUUUUCAAUCUCUUCCGGGAGCAGCAACAUCAAUGGUUGAUCAUUAUAUAUCUCCCACUCCAGGAAUGGAUGGGUUUUCCCGGCAUGGAACUUCGUCUUCAUCCUCGCAAUCUUCAUACUUCGGGAGCGCAGCGCCUUCUCCUGUGAUUUACCAGCAAAGUGGAGGUCAUGGUUUUCAAAAUUCCCGAGCUUAUACAGAUAUGGAAUCCAACCGGCCUAUGCCGCAGGCCACUCCGGUUGACUAUCAGACCUACUAUGCCCAACCAGCAAACUCAUCAAGGCAUAGACGCUAUUCCAGCGCAUCCAUCGCCCAGGCCCCUAUUGGACGGCCGCAUCGUCAUGUUUCGGUACAUUCUGAAUGGGACACGGCUGCUAGAAUCUCCCCCGAUGUGUACAUGCAUGAUGUGGACUCUCCUCGAUCCUAUGAAACUCGCGAAUACGUGGUAGAAACCAGCAAAUCCCGUCAUGGUGACAAGGCUAGCAAGACAGGUAGUGUAAAAUAUCAUUCACAAAGGCGACCAUCCAACCGCGAUGAAUUUGAUGGGCCACAUCAACUCCUGGAACCACCAUCACCAAAGACCAUUGCAGCCCAGGAACGUGAACUGCCCACUCUACCUACUAACCUCGAUGUCUCAGAGCAAGACCGCAUCUUGUGUGAGGUUAAUGAUCGCCUCUCUCGAUGUGCGUUUGACUUUGUUGCCAAAUAUCAAUUCCCAAUUCCCAUUGAACCGGAUAAAAGACAGGUGAGGGUACCAGCGGAUCGUGAAUGGACGGAAUGGGUGUAUUUGUUGAAAAGAUUGGCCACCAAACGCCGGAUUCCUGCCAGGCUUGUUACCGUUUUGGAGAAUUCCUUGGAGAUGCGUCAUGCCGCAAAACAUCAGUCCAGGCCAGUAAAGGAUGACCGGAAUGUAUUGCAACUUGUUUCCGCUGGAACCCAGGUUGCUAAGAUCCUCAAGGAUGCCACUGCCAUGGAAUAUUUGGACCGUCUUUACCAGGAAACCGAACGAAGAAUUAAGGAACGACAGAACCGUCGUGUCAAAUUUGCCUCUUGA